CCGUUUCUCCGGGGCCAGACGUCAUGUGACGUCCAGUUGUAGAGACACGACUCGAUCCUGCUUUUGGUCUGUCUAGUGACAUUAAACUGCAUCUUGCCAUGAUAGUAGCUUUGCGAGUGUUUGAGAGUCAAGACAUGAAGAUGGUACUGAGACGAGGAGAGGGCACUGCAGAACUUGGUUCAUCCAACAUCGCCACUAGCUUAUCUGGCCCAGACAAGUUCUACGAACAAAUCAUGUUGAUGCCACCGCGCCAGAUGGCUCUGCAAUGCCCUCGAGUGUUUGUUCCGGCCCAGUCGGUUCAGCGCUUUGUGCAGACCGGCGCACCACUGUCGUAUGUGGCAGCAAUGAGGAUGACUCCAGGCCCUUGGCUGAGCAGUGGUGGGGUUCAGCAGGUGAGGGUGGUUGUGAAGCCGCAGCCAGUCGUUCAGGUGCGUUCGAAUGCAGUCUAUCCAGCAUGCCCGGGCCAAUUGCCACGAGUUCAGGGAUUGGCACAGACUAGCAUGGUCAAUGUGGCGCCCAUGGCACCUGCGGGAACGCCUGGUGUUGAGGUUCUUGAGCCUUGUGAGGUUGCAAAGCUUCUUCAAGCUGGCAGAUGUCUACUUGUAGAUCUUCGUGAUGGUGACCGCAAUGUGGGAACCAUCAAUGGUGCCAUCAAUGUGCCAGCCAUCAAGCGCAUCAACGACACAGUGACUUUACCAUUCUUCACGGAGCGCCUUGGGCCUUCAGAUUGAUCCAAAGUGUAUUUUUUACCAAUGGACAACCACAACAUAAAGAGC